GCGAGAUCUGAUCUCUAUUCUCUGACAGGCGGGGCUUCUUUCCGGACGCAAUGGGAGGGCAUUGGCUUGCACGAUGGAGGCAUAUCGUUUUGUGUGGCUGGCGGUGGAGUCAAGCAGGGUUCCUGACCAGGGCUGGAGAGAGAGUAGAGCCUUUUCUCAGGCCGUGGUGGAGUGGAACAGGAGGUGCUGAAAGGGGGCUGAGGAGGCUUGGGACGUCGGGGCGCCCGAGCCUGUCCCGGGACCUGACUUUGCAGCCGCCACGGCGGCCGAAGAGCACGAACCCUUUCACGAGGGCGCAGGAGGAGAACUGGCGGCGGCGGAACAAGACUGUCCUCACGUAUGUGGCCGCGGCCGCCGUGGGCAUGCUGGGGGCGUCCUACGCCGCUGUGCCCCUUUAUCGGCUCUACUGCCAGACUACUGGGCUUGGAGGAUCAGCAGUGGCAGGCCAUACAUCAGACCAGAUUGAAAGCAUGGUGCCCAUUAAGGAUCGCAUCAUUAAAGUUACCUUCAAUGCAGAUGUGCAUGCAAGUCUCCAGUGGAACUUUAGACCUCAGCAAACUGAAGUAUAUGUAGUACCAGGAGAGACUGCACUGGCAUUUUAUAAGGCUAAGAAUCCUACUGACAAACCAGUAAUCGGAAUUUCUACAUACAAUGUUGUACCGUUUGAAGCUGGACAGUAUUUCAAUAAAAUACAGUGCUUCUGUUUUGAAGAACAAAGGCUUAAUCCACAAGAGGAAGUAGAUAUGCCAGUGUUUUUCUACAUUGAUCCUGAAUUUGCUGAAGAUCCAAGAAUGGUGAAUGUUGAUCUCAUCACUCUUUCUUAUACUUUUUUUGAAGCUAAAGAAGGGCACAAGUUGCCAGUUCCAGGCUAUAAUUGAAGUCAGCAACUAAAUCUUACUUCAAGUAUGUGAUUUUUGAAAAAUCAUGUAUCUGCCUUCUCAGAGAAGAAAUAAUUCUACUAUAAUGUAUAGUCUUAUAUUUAAUUAUUAUGCACUGAUGAUUCUACUUCCCCCCUCCCCCAACUAAUUUACCUACUUAAAAUUGAGAGAACAGGUUUAGCUUUUACCAUAAGGAACCCACUGUGCUGGUUUAGAAUGUAUGACUGUUCACUACCAAACUUAGUUUGACAGUGGUAUUAAAAGAAACUGCAGGCAUGGAUUUAAUGGUACAGCUUAAUUCAAUAGAUUGCUUCCAAAUUAUUGACCUUUCAUACUUGUAGCAUCAAACCUGAGAAUUUAAAAAAAAAAAAAAAAAAAAUUAUAC